AUGAUCCAAUUGGUAUUUGGUAUAACAAACACAAGCAACAUAUACAAGUUUUGGCAUGCAGCUGGCAUACCAAAUUCACAAAAUGUAAGUGGGGAUAAAGAGAACCAAGGUCCCAAACUAAUUGUGGCUUUCUCUAAAAAAGGCUUCACCGUGAAAGAAACUGUGGCUCUAUCAGGAGCUCACACUAUAGGGCAAGCGAGGUGCGCAGUCUUCCGUGGACGUCUUUACAACAACACCCAUAUCAACGCUCCGUUUGCAGCAGCUGUGAGAGCAAAGUGCCCAGGCAAUCGAGGCUCAGGCAACAACAAUUUGUCUCAACUUGACGUCACAAGCCCAACCACGUUUGACAAUGCCUACUUCAAGAACGCGGUGAGCCAGAAGGGGCUGCUGCACUCAGACCAGCAGCUAUACAGUGGCGAGUUCACAAGGACCGCGGUGGAUGCGUAUGCCAAUAAUGCUGCCAGUUUUAUGGAAGACUUUGCCGAAGCGAUGAACAAGAUGGGACGCCUUAGCCCUCUGACGGGCUCCAGUGGUCAAAUUAGAACAAACUGUCGAAAGGUCAACUAGACCUUGUUUUAAGAACUACAGCUUAGCCUUGGCUUGGCUGGUUUGAAAAUAAUAUGCCUUGCUUGUUCUAGAAAUAUGGA